UGCACUGUGUCCUUCGGACACAGCAGAUCACCGAUCCACGGAAAGAGCCGAAGAUGUCGGCUCGGUUAUGUGAUCAGCUGUGUCCAAUCACAGCUGAUCACUGAUCAUCAGAGCACUGAUGAUCAGUGUGCCCUGAUGAUCAGUGUAGCCCCAGCAGUGCCACCUGUCAGUGUCCAUCAAUGCCAGCUCUCAGUGCUCAUCCAUGCCGCCUGCCAGUGCCCAUCAGUGCCACAUUUCAGUGCCCAUCAGUGCCACAUCAAUGCCACAUAUCAGUGCCAUCUGAGCUGCCUUUCAGUGUCACCCAUCAGUGCCAGUCAGUGCCACCUAUCAGUGCUGCCAAUCAGUGCCACCUAUCAGUGUCAGUCAGUGCUGACUAUCAGU